GAGUCUUUUUCGAGAGCCGACAGAUAAGGAGUAUGUGGGCUGCCGGUGUUUUCUUUAAUCAUUUUAAUCAAAUGUUCUUCGACUUCUUCAAAAACACUCUCACACACGUAAUCCAGGGACACGUCUCCAAUCCCUUUUGUUAAUUCCUUGGGUUUAAAGUUCAACAGCGUUUAUCCCUUUUUCGAAAUCUUGUCGAUUCAUCUCCCCUUUUUUUUUUUUUAUUUGCUUGCUUAUUAUACAGUAACUAUAUAUACGUAUAUCUACAAGUGUUCUUGUUAUAGGGUUUGGAUUGAACUAUAAAAGAUUCGAUCUUUUUGGGGCUCCCUUUUUGUUCUAUCAGUAAAGAAAAGGAUCAAAUUAGAAUGGAGAACAAGAAUUCAGUAAUCGCCAAGAAAUUCAAGAAAAUCUGCGUAUUCUGUGGGAGCAACCCUGGCCACAAACAGGUCUUCAGUGAAGCUGCCAUUGACUUGGGGAAUGAACUGGUGGAUAGGAAGAUAGAUUUGGUUUAUGGAGGUGGAAGUGUGGGGCUUAUGGGAUUAAUCUCCAAGAAGGUUUGUGAUGGUGGUUGUAAUGUUCUUGGAGUAAUCCCAAAGGCUUUGGUUCCCAUUGAGAUAUCCGGAGAAAGUGUUGGGGACGUAAAAAUUGUCGCCAACAUGCACGAACGAAAAGCAGAAAUGGCUCGUGAGGCUGAAGCAUUUAUCGCCCUACCAGGUGGAUACGGAACCAUGGAAGAGUUAUUGGAGAUGAUUACAUGGGCGCAGCUUGGAAUCCAUAAAAAACCGGUUGGUUUGUUGAAUGUCGACGGAUACUACAACCCUUUAUUGACAUUGUUCGACAAAGGGGUCGAAGAGGGGUUCAUAAAGCCCGGUGCAAGGCGCAUAGUCCUUUCUGCUCCAACGGCCAAACAGCUUCUUACAAAGAUGGAGCAAUUCAGCCCGUUCGAAGGGCACGUUGCGCCACAUGAAAGCUGGCAGAUGGAGCAACUGGAUGGUGAUGCUUCAUUAGAGACAUGUGGGGAUUCUUUGGCUUAAGUCUUUUAACUGUGGUGGAUUUGCCUGAUUUGAUCAAAUUUUGAUGUUCUUUAUGCAACUAUAAUUUGAUCUGUGUUCCUUUCCAAUUCUUUUUUCGUAUGUAGUUUCUAUGGAUGGAUUAUAGUUGUUAUAAGAGAAGAAUCCAAUGGUUUGCAAUCAAACUCUACAAACUCGUGUUGAUUAA